CCUUAGUGAAAUGAAGUCAAGUAAUAUGAAUGAGUCAUUCUUAAAAGUACCCUGUUAUUCUGGACAUUUAUUACAAAAUACACGUUCUCGAAAAUGUAGUAUUGUACGAGAAGAAGAAGAUGAAGAUACGUCAUCUGGAAAAGAUGAUAAGUGUAAUAGUGCUUUUGUAAACGCACUUGGUCGACGUGGUUCACGUUCAGAAGGAAAAUUAUCUCGUAUUUUUCAAGAUAGAUUGGCGCAAUUAUCAGGUGAAGAUUUGGAAUUAAAAUCUAUGCGAAACGCGCACGAAGAUUCAUCGAUAGAAUGUAAGGAAUUACCUUUAUAUCAAAUGAAAAAAAAACCAGGUAGCUAUGGGUAAAAUCAAAACGGCAGACGAAGUAGUAUACUUACAGUGACUACUCUGCAAAAUGCAGAAUCACAACU